AUGACCACUCCUCUUACAACGGCCGUGAAUGCAACGCCGUGGGGUUCCAUUGCGGUCGCUCUGCUGGUGGGCACUUCCUUCGGCGCCACCGUCAUGUACGCCCUCCUCCGCCGGCCUCGCCCUUAUCUUCAUUUGCCCUCCUCCCUCCUUCAGCCCGGCGGCGGUGGCCCUCCGGCAGCGGCCCAACUCCCAUCAUCAACAGCCAACGAAGAAGAAGAAGGAGGGGGAGGAGGAGGAGGGGGGCGGGGGCGGGCGGCCAAAAGGGCGGCGACGGCUGAGAGACCCGGCGGCUCCAAGUCGGUUAGUUCGCUGGUGAUCUCCGACUCGGACGAGGCGGACGACGGGCGGCUGUGGCUCCGGUGGAGUGAGCGGCCAGGCGAUCAGGCCUCCACCGCGGAGGCUUCACCCACACACCCUUACACUGCGGGCAAAGAGGCGUUGAAUGUCUCACCCGCCAACAGGGCAGACGGACAACAGCAGCAACAGAAAGAAGAGAAGUCACCACAUCGAGGCCAACAAGAUCAACAGGGAAGACAGUCAUUGUUACAACAACAAUAUCAACAUGAACAUCGGAGAUCGCGACGUAGAAGUUCCCUUCAGUAUUUACUGAAAUCCUACAUGAGCGCAACGGAAGCGGAGAGUUUAUACAGUGAUUUGGUGAAUGAUGACUCUAUGCGUGCUUCAUUUAGUGAACCAGCUAGUGCUAAUUUAGGCAGUGAUCACGGUGAUGUGCGGGAGGGUUCUAACAGUUGGAGAGGAAAUUCGGUACAUAGUCUAAUUCCCAGGACGACGGAAACCGAUUCAAGUGACUUCAGUACCGUGGAUGAUCUCCUUUCGCAUGAAGUGUCUUCUUCAUCAAGUGAGGAGGGGGAUAAUGAUAAUGAUGUUGAGAAUGAACUGCAUCAUAAGAUGUAUUUACCAUCUCCUACUGAUAACGUUAUGGGAUUAGGACAACGAAAGGAAUCUGACUUGUUGCAAGAUCUCCACAGAUCAUCUUCAGGGUUUUGUCAACGUAAUCAAUCUUACUCUACUUCUACACAUCCUAUUGAUGGUCAAAUACGUAUGCGAUUAAGCUCUGAAAGGGACUCUGUAUUUUCAAAUCGUCAAUUUUACCAUACUGUGAGUGGCGCUAUUAUUUCUCGACUUCCCUCUGAACCUUCAAUUCGUCGUAUGUCAAUAAGACAACUUUUACAUUCUCCACCCUUAUUGCGUUCUUCUAAAGAUGAUGUAAGUCCAGAUGAUGGGAGUGGUACAUCACAUUCUGCUCUUCCUCCAUCACCACCAUCUCGACGAUUAAAUCAAUUCCCUUCUCAUUCUCUUCGAAGUGUACCAGAUGAACCUAUUUAUCGUAUUGUCAUUACAGGUGGUCCAUGCAGUGGUAAGACAUCAUGUCUUGCAUACCUUCGAGAAGUAUUUGUUAAUCUCGGCUUUAACGUUUUUUGUGUACCAGAAGUGGCAACACUGCUGCAUACAGGUGGUGUAAAUCUUCUCUUAAGCAGUCCUGAAGAUCGUAUUACUCAACAACGUGUUAUUCUUCAAAUGAUGAUGAUGCUUGAGGAUGCUUUUUAUGAAUUGGCAUCUCUACGUGGUCGUCCCUCAUUAAUUUUAUAUGAUCGUGGUACAAUGGAUGGUAGUGCCUACUGUUCAGAAGAGGAAUGGCGAACAAUUCUUCUCGUGACAGGAUACACUAAUGAGGAACUCUGCGAUGUACGUUACGAUGCCGUUGUCCAUCUCGUCACUGCCGCAGAUGGUGCGGAAUCUUAUUAUACUCUUGCCAACAACGCCGCCCGCUCUGAAGGAUUGGAAGAGGCAAGAUGUUUGGAUACAUGUACACGAAAUGCCUGGCGUGGACAUUUUCUUGUAGGAGUUGUGGAUAAUACAGAAGAUGGGUUUGAUGGUAAACUGCACCGCACCGCGGAGUUCAUCGCCGGAGUAAUGGGUAUUACUCUUCCAAGUGAUAAACAACACACAGAGAUGACCACAGAAAGUGGUACGGACCACAGCAAAGAGACGAUGAGGGCAAGUAUCACACAAGAAGAAAAAGAAAAGAAGAAAGAUACUAUGGAAAGUAAUAAUAGUAAUAAUAACAAUAGUACAGGAAUUCAUCAGUUUCCUCUUGGAACGAAUACACUUGUACCCAAUACACAUAAUCAACCUGCAGGUGCCACACUUAAUGUCUUUGGUGUAUGUGAUCAUCUCCAACGUCACUUCUUUGUUACUCGUGUGAAUACUGCUCGUAUUCCCGCAGAUGCCAUAGUGACAACUGUUGUCGUGGUCCCACUCUCUCCAUUACAUCCUGAUUACCGCAGUGAAACCAUCAUUCGCCUCUCCCGCGCUCAUGAUUCCCAUCCAGUCUACUUUAGAUGUGUUGAGUUUAACGACACAGUGGAUCCACUACCACCAUCCGCAGCCGCAGCCACCGUCACUUCAGCCGCAGAGACAACAACUUCACCCCUCAAGGGCGAGAAACAAAAAGAGAGUGGACAGACAACGACGGCUACGGCGAUUCUCCCGCAUAGAAGAGCACGUGUACAAAUUACAAAGUCUACAUUUAGAAAUCUCGCACAACGUCGGGAUAUUUCACAGCCUGUGAUAUGUAAAACGAUGACACGAUUCUUUUAUAAUAUGCGGCACCUCACACUUGUGCGGUUUAGUCAUCCACGUGAGUUGCGUGGCUUUUGUCGACUUGUAGCACCUGCGGGUACAACAGAAGAAGACUUUAGUGAUUUGGUGGUGGUGGAGCCGUUCUUUCUACUGAAGUCAGAGGAGACAUCAGAGGAAAAGUAA